AUGGCUGCUAAUGAGACCACCCCACUCCUGCGGGAAAGCAACACCGAAGGCGGCACUCCAGCGCGUGCCACGGACGCAGAAACCCAGCAGACUCAGAAUGAGGACCAACUCAACCUUCGAGGCCCCACCGAGCUCAAGCUCGCUGCUGUGGCUCACCUGGGCAGUGUAGUCACUUCUUUUGGCGCUGUUGGGCUGGCUUUGGUUUACGGGCCCCUCGUCCACAAUCCGCCCAAGUCGUGGUGGCCUCCUUAUGUCGUGCGUGAAUUAGCCUCGACCGCAACGACGGUUGGAAUUCUGACUGUCAUUUGGGGACUGGCCAACUUUCUCGUGUUUCAUUUCCGCCGCCGACUAAUAGGACCUCCAUUCCUCGGUGGUCUGCUACAUCUCGUGGGCGCCUUCCCUAUAUUUCUCUUCUUCAUGGCACUCAACGAUAUAAUGGAGAGAGACGGUGGCAGCCAUCAAUGCCAGCGUUGGGAUGGGCAGCAGUGGUAUCCUGCCGAUCCAGAAUGUCUGGCCUGGGUUGAACGCUUCUUUGUCCUCGUUUACACUGGCUUGUUUUUCUUUCUGGGUGUCUGCACCUCACACGCCGUCCUUGUUUAUCUCAACUUUAUGUGGACCAAAAGACAGUUCGUGGCAUUCAUGCGAUCCCUUCCGUGGUCAAGGCCUGAACUCUCGUCUCACAACGGCGCCUAUCGUGCGCGUGUUCCUGUCCCGAUUGUCCCAAUAGGAGGUAUCUCGUUCGAAUUUGGCAUCAAGGUCUUGGGGCGUGACUCUGUCCCGCGAUCAGCUGUUGAAGCGGAAGAGAACACUUCGGCACAGGCUACCACCUCUGGACAGGCUGCUUGA